AUGUUUGAAGUCGAAGACAUCUAUCACUGUUAGAAGAUGUGGUACGGUUUCUCUGGAAUCUGUCUCCUUUAGAUUUAUAACCACUUAUUAAAUCAUGGUCGAAUACAUUACCUUCACAUUAUAGAGACAGACUUAAGAUAGUAUCUUAAUUAAGCAUGCUAUCUGAGUAAUAUUUAGAGGAAAUCUUAAAAUUCAUGGGAUGAAAUCUAAAAGAAGUUGUUGGUACUUUUAAUUAUAAUCUAACUUAAUCAUUAUCUCAAUUACUAAAUUACUACUUACACUUCAAACAAUAUUAUAAUUUUUAUAAUUAGUAAGAUUUUUUUGUUCAUAGAUAUCUGA